ACUCCAUGGAGACUUAAGAUGAGCACCGAAUCAGAACACCCCGACUACACGUGGUGUUCGACGUGCGGGAAGGUAUGUACAGACCCCUGCACACUGAAGUGUGACCACACCUUCUGUAGGACAUGUCUCACCCAGUACUUACAGUCAAGACAGGAUGUCAUACAGUCCAAGACAUUCUCCUGUCCCCACUGUCGUCAGGCUUCUAUAGUUCCCGACCCCGCCCGACCAACGGAGGAAUGGGUGGAGCAGUUUGCAACCAGUCACAUGAAGCCACCUGCUGACUGUCUUCCUGUAGUGUCUGACAGCAAGGGUGUGCCAGCAGAAAUGAGCUGCUACACCUGCAGUGAGAAUGGAAACUGCACUCAAGGUAGUGUUUGGUGCGGUAUGUGUGAGAUCUACCUGUGCAUAACAUGUCACAGAAUCCACAGGAGUUUGCCCAUGUCACGUGAUCACACAGUUACUGAUGUUGUUGAAGGAACCACGAUCAAUGCCAGGAACACGAGGAACAAGUGCGAGGAACAUUCAAACAGAGCCAUGGAAUUUCACUGCAAGGAUUGCACAAAGACAGUAUGUCCGGUCUGCUGUAUUCUGUACCACAGGAAGUGUGAAUCUGGCCUCGACAAACGGACGAAGGAACAGAGGGAGACGCUACAAGAUCUCAUCAAGACAGGGGAGAGCGAAGAAAGGAUGCAUAAACAACAGGUGGAGUUCAUCCAGAGAACCCUGGAGUCUGAGGGCACCAUGGACUUAUAUGAGGUGUACCAGGCCUGUCUAUCCGGGGAGAUCCUUGCUACAUCGGUAGAAGAUUAUGCCAUAACUGAAGCUGAACCGGGCUUGGCGGUCAAUGUUAAAGCAGAGUUGGAAAAUAUUAGAAUUGUUCUGAAUGAGUCACUGUUUCUUUGCUCAGGGCCUGACAAUACAGGAAGCGUAACGUCGGCUAUAACCAAAGACAUGGAAGGUAAAGAUGGCCUAGGUUGUACUGAUGCUGUAGACGAAUCGGAUGAUAUAGAUGGAAAACUGCAGACUGAACAGGAACUUGAGUCUGACAGACAGGGACUACAGUUGGACAUAGAUGAACAGAUCGAAACAGAUUCCAAACCUAACUUCCGAAAAGGACCUGCUGCAGAUUUACAUAAUAUGAAGGUCCGAGGACGAACAAUGACGAAGAGCCCAAAGCUACAGGAAUCGAGAAAAAGGCACAACUCGGCUCCACAGCUGAACAACGGCUCCCAUACUACUGUGAAAGCUCGUCCAGAUGGCGAGGAGUCUUUGGAAGUUGGAUCGCACCCUGGAGGCAUGUUUGACAAACAGGAAGAAGGUGAUGUGGUGACACCUGGGACCAUAUUUACAGAAACAUUAUCACUAAAAUCAGAGACAGUGUAUCAGUCAGCUCCAAAUUUAACAACGAAACUUCACACUGGAACUGACUAUUCCCUGUACCCUGAAACAGAGCGUAGCUGCUCAUCAGGCCAUCGAAAUCAGUUGACAUGGAAUGGCGAUCCCUCUCCGACAAACUUUGAACAAGUAUCGCAACUCGAAUUGAAGAGGGAUUUCAGCCCUGUGACAGUUUCAGAACGAACUGAAAACCAAGGGCUAGAGGGGCAAGAAUCUGAUAGUUUUAAAUCAAAGAUUUUGCUUCCACAUGAUAAUGACUCCGUUUUGGAGGAAUCCUUUACACAGUCGGUGCUAAUGUUGAAAGUGGACAAAGAGAAAGGAGAGGGUCAUGAAGAAUCAGAUGAAGAUUUGCCAGAGGAUACAAAAACUGAUACCCAAGAAACGGUGAGGUUAGAUGUUGAAGAUGUAUCUGGAAAUUUACAAGAAUGUCAACGAUCUGAAACAGAGAGGGCCUAUAAAUUUGAUUCGGAUUCUUUGCCUGUGUAUCAUGAUACCAUACAUACUGUGAAUAGCUUGGACAUUGUUGUACUUUCUUUGGAGCACGGUUUUGUAUAUGCAGUUACCAAUGCAAUGGAAAGCGCAGUAAAAUGUAUAUAUCGCACAAGCAAGAAAAAAUGCGAAAAUACUUUGAGGAUCUCAAAGCUUCCUUGGGCCGUGGCAAAGAUGUCCAACGAUAUGGUGGCGGUCACCGUUCCAAGAGCGAGGCAGAUCGUUUUAGCCAACGUUGACCCUGAGUUACAACUUCAUUCAGUCAUAAGAACACACAAAAGUUACUAUGGUCUAGCAGUGUUGGAGGAAUCCAUGUUUGUUGCGGGCAACACUUCCGAUUCGUGUAUAGAUAUACUCGCUUUGUCUGGUAAGGUAAUCAGAACAAUAUCUAACAGUUCUGUAAAAUGUCCGAACUUUAUCUGUUCAACUCCAAAACAAGGUUUCAUAGUAUCGGAUCGUCAAACAAAAACUGUGAUAUGCUUCGCGGCCACGGGAGAAGUGGACUUCACAUAUUCCUCAAAGGAACAGGCAUUCAAGGAGAACAGAGGCAUAGUGACCAGUGACUCGGGGCACGUCUUGGUGGCAGACGCUGAGGCUGACAAGAUAGUGCUAUUAACGGAGAAGGGGGAAUAUGUCAGAGAUGUAUUAACAUUUAAGGAUGACAUACGUAAACCAGUCGGUCUGUACCUUCAUGGUGCAUUUCUGUAUGUCACCCAGUGGCAGAACAGGAUCAAAGUGUUCAAGUUUACCUGAACUUUAAAGUGGCAGAUACAUGUCCAUGGUUUACGUCUUUGAAGUUGCACAGUUUGUUCAAGUGUACCUGAACGUGAAGGCACUUUAUUGUACCAAGACUAAAUAGUAGGAUCCACGAUAGAUGGUUCAAAUGCUGGAGUUUACCAAGACUUUGAAGAGUAAGAGAAAGGUGCGCAUUGUCACGUUUACCAAAACAGGUAAUAUGAGAGUCUAGAACAAGGAAACCAGUGGUUGAAUGCAUGAGUUCCUGAGUUCAGUGUUGUGUCUUUUUUUUGUUGAAAAGAUCCAGUUAACUGUACCCAUGAACAUCACAUUUUUAUUACAAAAAGUAAAGAAAUGGAGGUGACAUAAAGUUAAGAAACACCAAAUAAUAUGUUUGAUGACGUCUGAAGGUACCAGUGAAUUAUUCAUGCUAAAACAGAUAGCGUCAA